UUCCUAAAAAAAAAAUUUUAUUCAAACAUUUGCUCUCGUAGAAUUCAAUUUAUGUAUCAUUUUAUUUAUUCAUCAUUUAUUCAUUAAUAAUCAUAAUAAUCAUUGUCAUUUGAUCAAAUUCAGUAUCAUAAUUGAAUAAAAAAAAAUUGAUUUUUUCAAUUACGUGAAUAUAGUCAUAAUAAUAAUAAUAAUCAUGAUUGAUAAAAAUAUAUCAGUUGAUUAGUUGUAAUUUUUAAAGAAGAUUUUCUAAUCAUCGUUAACUUUCAUUUAUGUUGUAUCUAAAUUUCUUUCACCUAAGGAUAUAAAGAGUUAGUUUAUUUAAAAAAAAAAACAAAAAGGAAGAAAAAAAAAAGAAAUGGACGAUGACAUAGCGAGUCUUAAUUAUGAUUGCAAUUAUAACCUUUACCUUGCCAAACGAUUGGUCAUCGAUAUGAAAAAAGUUCGCGAUCGGCAAAAUGCAGUCAAGUGGUUACGUUUUUUGAUGAAUAAUACCAGCAACGAUAUAGUUGAAAUAAAACUUAGGAAUGAUUUUAUGCAUUAUUUAGUAUUAAAUCUUCAAGAAGGUCAGCUUGGAUCACCAUUCGAUAAACCACCGCCAAUUGUUGCUUCUCUCAUGGAAAUAGCAGAUUUUAUUGUCAGUAAAUUUGUUUUUUUCUUUUAUUAUAACUUUUUGUCUUCUAAAUCAUCAUCUAUCUCUCUUCUAUACUAUUUCACUUCUCAUUGUAUUACGCCUAACGACAAAAUCGAUGAUGUUAUCGAUGAUGGAUUAGAUUCAACGAAUGAUUUAGAAGACCCGGAUAAAGAAAAAUCAAUGAUAGCAUCUUUAUCACCCGACAAUGGUGAAUUUUUGGCAUCACAACCUGUACCCCAUCAUGGUUCAUUUUGUUAUUUAGCAAUAACUUCGAAGAAAAAAGAUAAUUAAAAAACACAAAAAUAUGAUUCUU